AUGGAAAGUUUAUCUAACAAUCUAAAAGAAAUAAAUAGACUUCAAAAAUAUCCACCACUUCCGCUAACAAAUGAAGACAAAAACCAAAUUUCAAAUGCAACCAUUUGUCAUAUUUGUGAAACUGAGUUGGCAAAACAUUUUUAUGAUUUUGAUUGGUACACUGGUAGUUUUAUAGGUGUUGCUCAUGAAUCAUGUUGUUCGAAGAUCAGAACACCUAGUUAUAUACCAAUAUUUUUACACAACCUUAGUCACUAUGAUGCUCAUUUUAUUGUUCACGCGUUAAACUUUUGUGAUGGUGAAGUCGAAGUUAUCCCUCAAAAUAAAGAAAAAUAUAUAUCCUUUUCCAAAAAAUUAAAAGUGAAUAACCACGAAAUUAUAUUGAGAUUCUUAGAUUCAUUUAAGUUUUUAUCGUGUAAAUUAGAAGAAUUGGCCAAAAAUCUCAGUAAUGAUCAAUUUCAAGAAUUACGUAGAAAUUACCCUAAUGAUGAAGAUUUCUUUCGUUUAAAACGGAAAGGUGUUUAUCCAUAUGAACUUAUGACUAAUUAUGAUAGUUUAAAUCUAACAUCGCUCCCUGAACAAAAAUGUUUUUAUAGUUCACUCACAGAUUCACAUAUUUCAAAUGAUGAUUACAAUCAUGCUAAAGAUGUUUGGGAACAUUUUGGGUGUUGUAAUAUGCUAGAUUAUUCAAACCUAUAUUUAAAAACAGACGUUUUACUUUUAUCCGAUGUAUUUGAAAACUUUAGAAAGUUAUGUAUUAAUACAUAUGAUUUAGACCCUGCCCAUUAUUACACAGCACCCGGUUUAAGUUGGGAUGCAAUGUUAAAAUAUACAAAAAUAGAAUUAGAACUUUUAACAGAUUAUGAAAAAAUUGCAUUUAUUAGAUCAGGUAUCAGAGGUGGUGUAUCUCAAUGUAGUAAUCGUUAUGCUAGAGCUAAUAACAAAUACAUGGAGGAUUAUGAUACAGGGAAACCAAAUUCAUAUAUCACAUAUUUUGAUGCCAACAAUUUAUAUGGUUGGGCUAUGUCUCAAUAUCUUCCUACUGGUGGAUUCGAAUGGGUAAAUCCAAAUACAGAAUUUAAUGUGUCUAAGACAUCAGACUUCGGUUUUAUUUUAGAAGUUGAUUUGGAAUAUCCAGAUGAACUUCAUGAUUUACAUUCGGACUUUCCUUUAUGUCCAGAAAACAUUUGUGUAGGCAAUAUUAAUGAGAAUAAACUAGUCCCAAAUUUAAAUAAUAAAGAUAAAUAUGUAAUUCAUUACAGAAAUUUAAAGCAGUGCAUAGAAAUGGGGGUUAAAUUAACUAAAAUUCAUAGAGUUUUAAAAUUUAAACAGUCUCCCUGGUUGAAGAUGUACAUAGAUCUAAACACAAAAUUAAGAACUUUAGCAAAAUCAGAUUUCGAAAAAGAUUUUUAUAAAUUAAUGAAUAAUUCAGUCUUCGGUAAGACUAUGGAGAAUAUUGAAAAAAGGGUUAACAUAAAAUUAGUUACGCACUGGGAGAACCAGGGUAAAGCUUUAGGUGCUCAAGAUCUAAUCGCUAAACCACAAUUUCAUAGCCUUUCAAUAUUUUCGGAAAACCUAGUUGCGGUUCAGUUGCGAAAAACGAAGUUAAUAUAUAACAAACCAAUUUAUUUAGGGUUUUGCAUUUUAGAUAUUUCAAAAACAUUAAUGUAUGAUUUUCAUUAUAACUAUAUGAUUAAAAAGUUUAGUAAAAUCAAAUUAUUGUAUACAGAUACGGAUAGUUUAAUAUAUCAUAUAUUUACAAAUGAUUUUUACACUGAUAUAAAACCUGACCUUUCAUCAUACUUUGAUACCUCAGAUUAUGAUACAAAUAAUAUUUUUGAAUAUCCAAAAUUAAAUAAAAAGAAAUUAGGUUUUUUUAAAGAUGAAAAUAAUGGUAAAAUCAUGAAAGAAUUUGUGGGUUUACGAUCCAAAAUGUACGCUUUUAACUUAGAGAAUAAGACUAUAGCCAAGGCAAAAGGGGUAAAUAAAUGUAUCACUAAAAAGAUGACAAUGAAUAGUUAUAAGUCUUCUCUAUUUAAUAAAAAAGUGCAAUAUUAUAGUAUGCUUAGAUUUAAAUCAAUUAAACACACAAUUUUCACACAAAAAUUAAAUAAGAUAGGUUUAUCAUAUAAUGACACAAAGAGACAUAUUUUAGAUAAUAAUAUUGAAACAUUAGCUUGGGGUCAUUAUAAACUGCGUUAA